GCCCGGCCCCUCGGGGGCAGGGCUAAGUGCUGCGCAUGCGCCGGGCGGGCCAGCGGGCUCCCUCCUGGCUAGCUGGAUGUCCGGUUUGCGGGCGCUUCUGGGGCUCGGGCUGCUGGUUGCAGGCUCGCGCCUGUCACGCGUCAGAGUCCAGGCCGGCUCCUGUCGCGCAGGAGCCACUUGGUGGGUGCCGCAGCGACCGAUCUCGGGUGGCCGCGGGGACUCAGAAGUCAUGGCGAGUUCAGCAGUGAAGUACCUGAGCCAGGAGGAGGCCCAAGCCGUGGACCAGGAGCUGUUUAAUGAGUACCAGUUCAGCGUGGACCAACUUAUGGAGCUGGCCGGUCUGAGCUGUGCCACAGCCAUUGCCAAGGCAUAUCCCCCCACGUCCUUGUCCAGGAGCCCCCCUACCGUCCUGGUCAUCUGUGGCCCUGGGAAUAACGGAGGAGAUGGCCUGGUCUGUGCUCGACACCUCAAACUCUUUGGCUACCAGCCAACCAUCUAUUACCCUAAAAGGCCUAACAAGCCACUUUUCACUGCACUGGUGACCCAGUGCCAGAAAAUGGACAUCCCCUUCCUUGGUGAAAUGCCCCCAGAGCCGAUGCUGAUUGAUGAACUGUAUGAGCUGGUGGUGGAUGCCAUCUUUGGCUUCAGCUUCACGGGUGAGGUUCGGGAGCCAUUCCGCAGCAUCCUGAGCGUCCUGAAUGGACUCACUGUGCCCAUUGCAAGCAUCGACAUUCCAUCAGGAUGGGACGUGGAGAAGGGAAGCUCUGGAGGGAUCCAGCCAGACUUGCUCAUCUCCCUGACAGCACCCAAAAAGUCUGCAACCCAGUUUACUGGUCGUUACCACUACCUGGGGGGUCGCUUCGUGCCACCUGCUCUGGAAAAGAAGUACCAGCUGAACCUGCCACCCUACCCUGACACCGAAUGUGUCUAUCGUCUGCAGUGAGAGAAGGACCUGGAAGUGCCAAAGAUUAGUACAACAGUUCCACCCCCCAAGAAGACCACAGUCAAGCAUUAUACUGGUCCUUUCUUCUGAGAUUUGAAGGCAUCUCCUCCCAUAUGCCCCAGCACUAGAAAGAAGUCUCACACAUUUGGAGGCUUGGGCUCCUGGCUGUCGUCAUCACUGCAGCUUUCCCAGUCCUUGUCUGGCUUCUCCCCACUUGAAGUCAGUGUGGCCGUCUAGAAGGAGGAAUCGUGGGGAUGGACAAGGCCCACUCAACACCACCGUCAUCCCACCUCCCUCUGGAAACCACUCCCAACCACCAUCUUAAGUAGCCAGAGGCAUAAAUCUGUCAGCCCUCGACAUCACUCCUUACAGACCUCCACAGAGGUGUGCCAACCUGCAUAUGUCAACUUGGGCAGGAAGUGGGCUGCAGUUGGGAUUGGGUGGGGCAGGGCAGUCCUGGCUCCCUGGCCCACAGCCAGCCAGCUAGUGGGCAAAACAAGGAGAAGGGAGGGACAAGUGCUUGGGUCAUCAGGUCUUCACAGUGGGACAAGUGCCCCCUGGCAGUCAUCUCAUGGUUCUAGCAACAGACAAUAAAGAUGGUUCUUU